AUGGCGCUGCACGAUUCAUAUCCUCACCGUUCCGCUCGGAGACCACCGUCGUUGCUUCUACGUGCUCGACCGAAAACCGCUGGUCCCGGGGAAAUGCCUGGCGCAGGCGUUCCUUGGAUGAAUCCCGGUCCUUGGGCUAUGAAUCCGUCCUUCAACACCGGUGACGAUAGUCAAAUCAGUCUUUGCCAACAGGAACAUGAGAGCAAUGUCGUGUUUGAAGAUAUCUCUGUAUUUCCUGAACCGACGCCGCGCCGUCGCACAGCAACGAGCUUCUCGAGCAUCCGUCAUGGCGUUGAUGGUUUGCGUGCGCUCGGCCGACGCCUCUCCGUGACGAUUCGAGGAAAAGCCCCGAAACACAACCUACAUGUACCCCAAGGAAGCGAUCGAUAUGUCGAUGAGGAGAAACCCUCAGACGUCGUUCCUGAGGGAAGGCACCGCAAUGCGUGGUUCAAAGGACAUAGUAUCAACCGCCGCCCGUCGCUCCACAGCGUUUCUGCCUUGCACUCCUUCUACGCGCCAACUGCAAAUGUUGCCAAUUUCAUUCCUGGCAUGGGUUUCGAGCCUCCCGUAUUUUCAAAUGACUUGUCCGGAGGUGCUGCCGCUCGGGCUGCCGCCGCCGCCCAAAACGAGAUGGCCAAAACAGGCCGCCGAAGUAUCUCGCCGGGAGACUCGAAGAUCUUCGACUCGGAAAGUGGAAUUGGAUUUGAGUUGCGUGAACGUUCGGAUCUGUCAGACUCAGAAACGGCUGUUGUACGAUUGGACCCCGUUGCAUAUCUACCGGCCGAGCUUGUUUCUCAUAUAUUCUCAUUUUUAAACCCUGCAUCACUAGUGCAGCUGGAGACUGUUUCAAAUUCCUGGAAUAAGGCUGCUUGCUCACAUCAUGUUUGGCGGAAUGUUUUCCGUCAUAAGUAUGGCUACCGAUCGUCUGGGCUGUCAUCUUCAUCUACUGCGACAAAGAAGAUACAGUCAGCAGGAUUAGGCAAAACACUACCUAAUCAAGAUUGGAAGAAGAUGGCAAUGGUUCGAAGAUCUCUCGACCAGCGUUGGAAAGACGGCAAGGCAGCAGCCAUCUAUCUCAAAGGUCACACCGAUACUGUAUAUUGUGUUCAAUUCGACGAACACAAGAUCAUCACUGGAUCCCGCGAUCGCACCAUUCGCAUUUGGGACGCUCACUACCCGUGGUCAUGCCUUAAGGUUAUCGGUGCCCCUGCCACACAUCAACAACGCCAGUCUCCAUCGAAUAACGCAAACCCACAGCCUGUUACCAACCCGCCAUUUCUUUCUAUCUGCGCACCAAGUCAACAAUGGCCUGAUGUGGCUGACCAGUCGAUUCCGUUGUCUGAUUGCCACAACGCUUCGAUUCUGUGCCUUCAGUAUGAUGACAAGAUUAUGGUCACUGGAUCGUCUGAUUUUACCUGCAUUGUCUGGGAUGUCAAGAAUGAUUACAAGCCAAUUCGGCGACUGGUAGGUCACAGGUCAGGAGUUUUAGACUGCUGCUUUGAUGAUCGAUACAUCAUUUCAUGCUCCAAAGAUACGACAAUAUGUGUUUGGGAUCGAGAAACAGGCAGACUGGCCAAGAAACUGCUAGGCCAUCGUGGACCGGUUAAUGCACUCCAGUUACGCGGGGAUCUCUUGGUCUCAGCCAGUGGAGACGGUGUAGCCAAGCUAUGGAAUAUUGCAUCCGGCGUCUGUGUCAAAGAAUUCUCGAGCAAGGACCACGGACUUGCCUGCGUUGAAUUUACCGAAGAUGGUCGAACUAUCCUGGCUGGUGGUAAUGAUAAGGUGAUAUACCAAUACGAUGCCAACAGUGGUGACCUGGUUGGUGAGGUUGAUGGCCACAACGGGCUAGUCCGGUCUCUACAUUUAGACAGUCUGAAUAACCGGCUUGUCAGUGGUAGUUAUGAUUUCAGUGUCAAGGUCUUCGAUGCGACUACCGGAAAGAUAUCCAUCGAUUUUCCCGGGUGGACAACUAGCUGGAUUUUGAGUGCCAAAUCAGAUUAUCGUCGCAUCGUGGCUACGAGUCAAGAUGCCAGCGUCGUUGUAAUGGAUUUUGGAUAUGGAUUGGACGGCAUAGAUUUGCUUGAAGAGUAG